AUACAGCUAGUAGUCUUGAAGUCUUUGCAAAACUGUUUUAUAUUUGUGUACUUGAGGAUUUCCAACGAGAUGAACCGUUGAAAAAAUAAAAGAAAUAGUGUUUUUAUCACACUUUUGAACGAGUAGUGAAUUACUAAUUAUCUUUUGUUGUACUAAACGUCAACAUUUAACAGUUAGUAUACACUGGACGACUUCAUAUCAGGAAGGAAACUUGUAAUACGAACCAUCCAUUGAAAAUGAAUGGCUUCCUUGGACAGAAUAGAAACAGUCUUAAACCAAACAGAAUUAGGCGUAAUCCGAUACCGGCAGGCCAAAGAGGUUUGGCUGGGGAUGGAAAAGAUCUUCUCAGUUUCAAAGCACAAGAAUCACUGUCACAAAGGGAUAAGGAACAUUCUCGUCCUGGACAUUUUAACAACAGUAAAACAAGUGGGUUACUGACUUGUGUCGAUUGGACAGGUCAAAGCAAACAAAUUUACCGUGGAACUAAAAUAAAAGGAACAAAAACCCUGUCAAGAACCGUAUUUGGUGAUGAACGGACGCAUGCAAAUAAUUUAGCCGUUGAUUACAGGAAAAAGAAAAAACCUCCUACUAUAAAAAUUGGAACAAAACCCGUACAUGACGCCAAAGACCAUUACCAACAACGAGAAUUGACCGUCUGCGAACAGCUUUCUGAACGCAGUUUUUCAUUUAUUUCUGUUAGACAAGCUGAUGAGAUACAAAUCGAUCCCGAUUAUAGUUCAGAAAAUAAUCCCGGAAAAGAGUCCAAGCUUCCGCCUAUAGAAACAUAUGCAAACUCACUAACAACACAGAACGUAUCUUCGUCACGAAACGCUAAUGACAAUGAUCAAGAACCUGAACUAUUUUAUGACCGCGGGUCUUCGUUUUGUUCUGUCAGACAGGCUGAUGACACAAAGGUGUCUCUGCAGAACAACUCAAGAAAUAGUAAGAACAACCCUUCAAAAUAUCAGCUCGCAAAAGCUGAAACGGAACAAAACAAUACAGAUUUCUGUGCCACUUGUCUUAACAAGAAUAUAUUUUCGACAGCAAUAUUUCAUUGCAGUAACUGUGGACCUUGCGGACGUUAUCUAUGCCAGGAAUGUUUUGAACGUCACAGUGAACUCAAUGCAGAUCACAAUGUCCAACCUCUUUCCGGAAUAUAUUUGAGGAAAAGAAACCAUGAUGAAACCAAUCUAAAAGAAGAGAGGGAUACAGAAAGGACGGAACUACACAACAAUGGACCGUAUCUAAAAUUCAUAAAAGAUAUAUCAAUUAAAACAGAAAAUGAUGAACAACCAUGCCAGAUCACGGGAUUCUGCCAACUUCAAAACGGGACAAUAGUUUUAACUGAAAUGAAUAAUAAAGCCGUAAAAACUUUAGACUGUCAGAAUUCUGACCAAGUGAGCAGUACUUUGAGACUAUCAAACUAUCCUAUGGACAUAUGUUCUACUGGUGGAAGUGAAGCCUUAGUUCUCACUAGCGCAUCUACCGACAAGUGUCAGUGUGUAUCCAUAGCCGUUACAGAUAACAUCGAGAAGAAACGGAUACAGGUACUCGGACAUGACGGCAAAUGCAUUGCUUUCAGCAACGAGAAAACUUUCAUAGGUACUAGUAAAUGCAAAAGCAUUUACAUCUACGGCAAAAACUGGAGUCAUUUAGAUACUAUCUCAAAAUCUUUAUCGGAAAGCGAGUCAAUAAUAUUAUCCAAUCAAGUCAGUAUUGCAGCUUUUGGACAUGAUGAAGUAACGACAAUGUACAUCGUGGAUGAGCAGAAUGGGGUGUAUUCUAUUGAAGACAACAACCAGGGGAUAACAAAGAGAUGGAAAUUCAAGGAUCACGAAAAUUUUAAAGCCACUGGCAUGUGUAUUGACAGUAAAGGUGACAUUUUACUUAUCGACAGAGGCUACCAGCGUCUCAUCAAAAUGAAUGCAGAAGGAAUAAUUCUAGCUAUUCUCUUAGAUUACCAUGAUAGAGAUGGAAGUGAGACUCUCAACGUCCCAUUUAAGGACAAGGAAAACAAUAAUCUGAUCGUUUCUCUGUCUGGAACUGACAUUAUCAGAGUGUUUGAAUUCAAUUAAUUGUUUUUGCAUACGCGUUACUAACGUAGAGGUUAGACGGAAACAAAACUAUACCCUAAAUACGUAAGGACUGUCUACGUAUCUUACACAAAUCCAGACACAAAUAAAAAGUAAAUGUUAACAAAUAAUGACUGUCCGUCCGUCCGUGCGGUUUUUACCGUUUCGUAUACAGCCAACAUUAAUGGCCCGAUUCAGUUCAUACUCACACUCGCCAAUCCAUGUGGUAAGAGCUAUAAACUGGCCAAAAUACAGAUGACCUUGAUCUUCAUAUGAUCUUCACACACCCGGGGGCAUGAUUUUGCGUUUUGAAAACGCAGUUCCUUGUCUUUAAUAUAAUAAUGUCUGAUAUUUCAUCGUUAUUUUCAGGGUUUAUGGAAUUUCAUCACAUUUUGUCAUUCUUUGUAAGAACUACUUUUGCUCAGUUACAGCCCAUGUAAGAAUCCAUAAGAACCAGCGUCAUUUAUAUGACGUAUUGAAAAAAGUGACAGUAAUUAAAGAGUUUGGCAGAGUGUGAUUAUGCCUGGCAACAUCAACGAGAGCCGAAUGCGUCAUUGCGUAUCAUUUUAAUGUUUAAUGACUCUUAUCAUAUCCGCCAACCUACGUCUGGUGUUAUCUUAGCCACAAUUCAUUUGAGUUUAAUGUAAACACUCGCUUGAAACGGUGAACAUUUUGACUUAUUACAUACUUAUUUAAUAACUCCGUUGAGCUUCAACGGAACCUGAAACGUCAAUAUUUUUCGAUAUUGACGUUCAAAUUUCAUAUCGGAUGUGUGACGUCAUUUGUGACGCCAGUUUCAUGCAUGUCGUCGUGUUUAAAAGUUCUAUAACGAAGAUGUGUUCAUUUUCACCCAGACUUAAUAACAAAUGUAUCAUUUAUAUGAUAAUUUUAGCUGUAGAUGUGUAUGUAAUAAAAACAUUAUUAGAUUUGCAUGAAUUAAUAUGCACUCCUAAAGUCGCGCAAUACUUCCGCUGCAGAACUCAUGCAUAUUUCUCGAUACAAAUCUAAUAUAAAUUAUAAGUAUACAACGUCGAGAAGCCGUCAUUGCAUCAUUUUGGACGCUAUAUUUGACGUUGUGACUGAGAUAAUCUGCAAAAUAAUCAAGCCCCUCAACAGCCCCUCCCUGAUAUUCGAGUCCUCAACAAUCAAUCCUCUAAAUUUCAAUGCUUUCAACAGCCUCAUAGUCCUUAGACUCUUGCCAUCUAACAACCGCCUGUCACACAGGCAAUCCACUCCACCUACUGAAACUUGAGUCGCUCAAAAGCCCACUGAUACUCCAACCACUUAACACCCUCAUACAGUCCAAGUAACUAAAAUUCAGGUUACUAAACAGUCGCCUGAACUCGACAAGAUUUUCUAGACUUUAUUUGUACAUAGGAAUUGUUCAUAAUGUAUACACAAUUAGCAAGAAUAAGAAAGUUUUAAAGGUAACUGUGUUGUUUUCUUAUUCUCACUAACAACUCCCGA